AUGGCGGAAAAACCCCAGAAAAUUCUCGUUUUGUUAGCGAACUUGGUCAAAGUUCCUCCACUUAAAGCAUUCUCUAUCACGAAUUCGUCGAAGUUUCAUGGAUUUCAACACACACACGAAUCCUUCUCAAUUCUUCUUCGACUCCUUCUCUCGGGAAACUUAUUCUCUCACGGUCAGUCUCUUCUGCUUCAAGCUAUCUCUGGAAAAAUCCAUUCCCAAUUCUUCACUUCUUCCUCUCUGUUACAGCAUUUAACAGAAUCAGAGAGUUCGAAAACCAGGUUCCGAUUAUACGAGGUAAUCAUCAAUACGUAUGUUCAAUCUCAAUCCCUAGACUCCGCGAUCACUUACUUCAACCAAAUGGUCGAUAAGGGUUUUGCUCCCGGAUCGAAUUGCUUCAACAAUCUCUUAACUUUCGUUGCUGGGUCGUGCUCUUUCAACGAAUUCUGGGUUUUCUUCAACGAGAACAAGAGCAGAGUUGAUUUAGAUCCGUACAGCUUCGGGAUCGCGAUCAAAUCCUGUUGCGAAUCUGGAGAAAUCGAGAAAAGCUUUCACCUUCUCGUCGAAUUAAGAGAGAAUGGGUUUUCUCCAAACGUCGUCAUCUACACUACUCUGAUCGACGGGUGUUGCAAGAGAGGCGAGAUCGAAAAGGCGAAAGCUUUAUUUUCCGAAAUGGAGAAGCUUGGAUUAGUCGCUAACGAGCGUACUUACACUGUUUUGAUCAACGGGUUCUUCAAAAACGGGAUGAAGAAACAAGGGUUUGCGCUGUACGAGAAAAUGCAGGAAGAUGGAGUUUUCCCGAAUCUCUAUACUUACAACUGUGUGAUGAAUCAGCUCUGCAGAGACGGAAGAACAAAAGACGCAUUCAAAGUGUUCGACGAAAUGCGUGAGAGAGGAGUUUCGUGCAACAUUGUUACUUACAACACUCUAAUCGGUGGGUUAUGUAGAGAGAUGAAACCGAGUGAUGCUGAUAAGGUGAUUGAUCAGAUGAAGAGUGACGGAAUCAACCCGAAUUUGAUCACUUACAACACUUUGAUUGAUGGGUUUUGUAAAGUGGGAAAAUUGGGGAAAGCGUUGAGUUUAUGCAGAGAUUUGAAGUCGAGAGGUAUGUCUCCGUCUCUCGUCACGUAUAACAUUCUAGUUUCUGGGUUUUGUAAAAAGGGAGAUACUUCAGGAGCAGCUAAGAUUGUUAAGGAGAUGGAAGAGAGAGGGAUCAAACCGUCGAAAGUGACGUACACGAUUCUCAUCGACACGUUUGCUCGUUCUGAUAACAUGGAGAGAGCGAUUCAGCUUCGUACAUCAAUGGAGAGUUUAGGGUUAGUACCUGAUGUUCGUACUUAUAGUGUGUUGAUUCAUGGGUUUUGCAUCAAAGGUCAGAUGAGUGAAGCGUCGAGGGUAUUUAGGUCGAUGGUUGAGAAGAAGUUGGAGCCGAACGAGGUUAUUUACAAUACGAUGAUUCUUGGGUAUUGCAAGGAAGGUAGUGCUUUUAGAGCGUUGAGGUUGUUGAGGGAGAUGGAAGAGAAGAAGUUGGCUCCAAAUGUUGCUAGCUUUGGUUAUUUGAUUGAAGUUCUUUGUAAAGAAAGGAAAUUGAAAGAAGCUGAGGAUUUGGUUGAGAAGAUGAUCGAUUCAGGGAUGGAUCCAUCUGCUUCAGUCUGUAUUAUCAUCUCUAGAGCCAAAAUGAUUCAUCUGUAG